AGUUUUAAACGGAGUAAUCAAAUCAUAAAAUUAUUUAGACAUCAAAAUUGUAUUAUCACCUAAAGGUCUCCUCAGUCAACGUCAAUGCAAAUGAAGUUAUAUUACUUGUUGGUCAUCAAUACAAUUAUCACAUGUAUAGUCGUAUACAAUGCUUAUGCACUUAAAAGACAAUUUUAUCCGACAGUCGUUUACAUUGCAAAAUCAAAACCAAGUCUUUUGGUGCUAUAUAUUGAAGCUUUAUUGGUGUUAGUAGUAUAUAUAAAAUUGGUGUCCAAACUAUUGUUUGGUAGCAUUACUGCCAAUGAAAGAGAACAAUUAUAUGAACGCAUUGGUCCGGUAUUUGUCGACACUUGUAUCACAUUUGCUGUGUUUAGUCAAUCAAAUGCAAACACAUUUUAUUCAAGACUUUUAUGUCUAUUCAUUGUUAAGAAUCUGCAUUUUAUGACACAUUUGAGACUUCAGACAAUGUCUACCGUCGAUCACUUGUCAUAUCAAUCUCAUCAAAGAUUCAUUGGUGUAAUGUUAUAUUUGUGGACAAUAGAUGUCUGGCAGAUAUCCAUGUCGUGGAUGCGGAUCAAUAAGUCCGGCCUAUCUAUAGAAGCGCUUUACUUAUUUGAGUAUUCAAUACUUGGAUUGUCUUUAAUUAAUAUAUUCCUCGAGUAUAUCAUCGAAUGCAUUGAAAGACAAAACGGAGAGAACAGUUGGGAUGAAAAAGUUGUUUAUUUCGAUACCAUUAGUAUUGUCAUAUCAACCAUCAAAUUAGUACUUCAUUUAGUAAUGAUUGCAAUUUUGAUCAAAAUGAAAAUUAUGCCAAUUUUUCUAAUUAGACCUCUGGUUAUUACUUAUAGAAAUGCAAAGACUUGUUUCUGGAGAGCCGUUCAAUCACAUCAAGCAAUCAAUCGAUUGAAUUUGUUUCCCAAUCCUAAAGCCGAUGAUCUGGUGGUCGACAAUAUGUGUGCCGUUUGUCGCGAUGAGAUCAAGACUACAGAAUCGGCAAAACGAUUGUUUUGUAAACAUAUGUUUCAUAUUAUAUGUCUGAAGAAUUGGCUCAGAAGACAACAGUCGUGUCCCACUUGUCGUUCAAAUGUAAUGAAUAUGAGACCAACACAAGUGGCACAACAACAACACAAUGGACUACAAGAGCAGAGACCACAAGAUAUUCAUAAUUAAGUGUCAAUUGAAUCAAAAAAGCAAUGAAAAGAAAGCAUUGAAAGUCUAAAAUGUUUGAAUAAA